AUGGAUCACAUUCAGACUUUCGGCGACUCGGGGGUUACCUUCAUCUACGAGCAUCCUGGAGGAUCAGACGAUGUAGCCACCGAGGCCCAUGCUAUAGUGGUAAUGAAGAGGGGUCAUGGCUUUAUGGCUGCAAUCCCGGAGGACGUGAUCACCCCCGGCGAGCUAGCCGCUGGUGCCCAUGCCUCCAUGGAGGAUGUGAUUGGGCCCUCUUACCGAGCAAAUGUUGCUGGAGGCCUUUUGGGCGACGAGGGCAUCACUGCUCAGCCGGGGGUUACCGUUCGGUGCGUCAUAGUCGAUUUCUCGGCCCUGGCUGUGCCUCGCUUCACUCCUCUGGAGCGUGUGGCCUUCUACUCUGCCGAAGAAGGGCCUGCAGUUCCUCCCGCCAGGGCCAGGCUCCGCUUGUCCAAAGACGAUCCUCCAAGAGCAGUAGGUGGGGCUACAGGUUCCGAACAGCCACCAAGGCCAAAGCGAGUUACAACUUCGGCUCUGGCGACCCAGCUCGAAGCCCUCACGGCCUCCCUGCCCAGCAUAGCUGCAAAACUAGAGGACGUUGUGUCGAAGCAGGAGGCUAUGGAGAAGAAGAUGUCUGCAGGCCCGACGGCCCCACUACUCGCUGCAGCCGCAGAGGCCGAAGAGCUCGAGGGGGAGACGGGGCAGGAGGACUCCAGCCACCUUGCGCGUGCCGUGCUUGCUCAGAGUCAGGCCCUCACCGCCUUAGUGGCACAGCUGUCUUCUGCAAACUCCGACCCUUUGCUGGACCUGAGCUCUCAGGGGGCAGCCAGCACCAGGGGGGCUGCACAGCGGAACCGUCUUCAGGACGAGUUGGCCUCGGGCCGCGGGACCUUCUACUCAGCCGUUCUGGCAAACAUGGCGAGACGCAUGGCGCCGGCGGUCACUCACACAGUAGAUCCGGCGACUUUAUUGAGUCAGGGCAUUUGCCUGACCCGAUACCACGAACGCUUCGGCGGGUUUGGGCAGGUCAAAGACCUAGCUUUGAUAGCCCACCAAGUCGCCAUGGCAAUGGACGCGAUGCAAGCGGGAAAGAUAGAACAGUGUCAGGAUCACCUUGCGCUCCUGGCAGUUUCUUUGGAACAGGCCAGUCUAGACGGUGGCAGGAUGGACCUGGCCUACCAGCUUACGUGGUUGGAAGAACCUCCCGCGGGGAUGUUUGCAAACCGCUCGGUGACGACCCUGGGGAGGAACCGCCCCUUUGCCCCUCUCGCAAGCCAACGUUGGAUGACUGUUGUUUUGGGCUACCUGCGGGAAAUGGAGGUGAUCCAAAAUCGGAGAGGCCGCCAGGCCAAAGCGGCAGCCAAGACGGCCGAAGAAGGCCCUCCUGGCGCCACCUGUUUGAAGUUUCAAGGCCAGCCUGAGGCGCCAUCUGCAGCCCACGUCUCCUCUUCUUUUUGCACUACGAGCACCUUUGCGAAGUUCGCGGCAUCCCUGCCUCGGUGGGUUUUGCGUUCCCGCACUGGUUUUGGAGCUUACCUUGCUUCAACUUUUGCAUCGCCCUCUGACCGGAGCGGCUCUGCCCCUCCUUCAGCUACGUUCCCACUGCCUUUGCCCUACUUGGGCCUCUUCCAGGGCAGUGGCCCACGGCUCUCCCGUGUUGCUUGGCGUCGCCUCUACCAACGGAGGCUGCUUUGCGUGAGCGUGCUUGCCCUUAACUACAUCCAUGAUGGAUUUCGCAGGCCCUCUCAGGAGUUGCUGUGGAGGCUUCCCAAUGCCCACCAGAGGCAAGUCUACAACAGGCUUAUGAAGCUCAUACGUGCGUGUGACAGGCCUGGGGAGGAAUACCCUCUCCCUCCAGGUCGUUCAGGCUUUGAAUUUGUUGCUCGCCUCUUGGAGCUUGAGAGCUUCUCUGCUGCAGCCGGUCUGGGGGAUAGGUCCAACUUUGGCUACUCUGCACUUGCUGGGUCUCAGGUGCCACAGGUCUCUCCCUCUCCUGACCUCCCCCAGCUUCAUCCCUACAGGUCCCUCGAUGUUUCGCGGAUGAAGCUUUCAGGAAAGGGCCAUUGGGACCUUGCCGCGUGGUUGGAUGGCCCCCUGUGGCUUCCCUUCCAGGACCCGUCUAUCCUACAUCAUGGUCUUGGCUUUGACCCUGCUGCUGUGCCCUCCUUUGAGUCCGAAGACAGAGAAGAGAACCUCAGGCUUUCUGUGCUGUGGAGCAGAAAUGGUCUGCUUGACCUCGUGCCAGGUCCUCCGCCCUACCUUGGGAGGUGCCGCGUCUUUGGGGCUUUUAAGGCCGUUGACCGUGACCGCCAGAUAGGCGACAGACGUUUGCCCAACGCAUCUGAGAUGCAUGUGCGGGGCCCCAGCGCUCUGCUGCCUUCAGGGAGCUCUCUCCUUGCAAUGGAGUUGCCGCGCCACACUCAUCGCAUCGUCGCCUUUAUCUCUGACAGAAAGGAUUUUUAUCAUCAGGCCAGAGUUAGCCGGGCCCGAUCUGUGACGAACUGUCUGCCCUUUGACUUUUGGGGAUGGGAGCUGCGAGCUGCCGGGAUCCGUGAGGGCUCCAGCAGCGCCUGUGUUCCCGUUCUUGUCGACUGGGAUUGCUACACUCCCUGCUUCAAGAGCCUCUUUCAGGGGGAUCAUUUGGGCGUUGAGUUCGCCCUCGAAGCACAUUCCCAGCUCCUUUCCUACCAUGGGGCCCUUAGGCCCGAGCAGGCGCUUCUGAACAGAGAGCCUCCGCCAAUCGGCCAUGACGCUCAGGCUCUUGUGAUAGACGACUUUGUCAGUGUGAGCAUCCUGCCCCGCUCUGCCGACCCUUUGAGGAGCCCAGCUGCCCACGCUAUAGAGGGCAGCCCAGAGAAGGAUGUGAUAGCAGCUGACUGCUUCCAGGAGGAUUGCUCUUGCGUCUUUGAGUCUCAGAGCAGCCUCUCUCCCUAUCACUUCCUCUACCUUGGCUUCGCGGCUCUCAGGGGCGUGGGUUGCCGUGUUGAUGUCUCCGCCAAGGCCACCCAACGAGCUUUUGCUCAGCCUAGGCGCAUGGCACAGGAGCUUGUGCUGGCCAGUGUCCUUUCGGCCUUUGUGAGUUCGGACCUCUCUGCCCCUACGUUGCCUGCCGUCUUCGCCACCGACGCUUCGCUUGGGAGUGGUGCCACUUGUUCGGCCCCUGUCGAGAAGAGCUUCGCCCAGUCCCUUUGGAAGACUGCUGACCGGCGGGGAGGCUACUCUAGGCUCGAUGUGGGUGCCCGUGAGCUCCUGAGGGCUGCCGGGGAGGCCCUUGAAGACGAAGAUGUUGGACCCUCCUUUGAGAGCCCUCCCAAGCAGGUCCCCUUCAAGAUCGAUGUCUUACUUAUUGGUCGGUGUUCAAAAAGCCUGGUGAAGCGGGCCCCGAACUUUGGGCUUAGGCCCGGCAUGUCCUUGGUGUCUUGGUGCUUCCCUUUUCCUCCUGGCAGGGCUCUGCGACAAAGGCUGUUGCUGGAGGGGUCACUCAGACCGUUGACCUUGACCUGUGCCUCUACGGCGGGGACACCUGCCGCGGUCUUGUGGGACUUGCUGCAAAUCUUCAGACAAAAGGGUACUGAGGAUCCGUUGCCGCCUGGGCUCUCCGAUGAAGUUCUUAGGUCCUUCGAGGUUGCCCUCUCCUCCUCUGACAGAGGCCUCGAGCAGCCCGGCCUUGAAAGCAUCGUUGCAAAUGAUGUUCUCAUGACUGCUGCGUGGAAAGUUGACAGAGUUGUUCCUUGGAGAGGGCAGUCCCACAUCAACACGCUUGAGCUGGGCACGAUUGGGAUCCUUGAGCGGGACCUUGCGAUCCACUCACCCAGCUGCCGCUUCACUGUCCUUGUUGACAGUAAUGUUGCAAAGUCCUGCUCUGCAAAAGGGAGAUCCACCUCCUACGCGCUGCAGCCCGGGCUGAGCUAUGGCACACCAGGCUCUGCCCUCUCCGAGAGCCUAGUCGGGCGGCCUCUCGCAUCCUGGGCCAGGCUCUUUCUUGUGCUUGUCGCCGAGAGGGUCGGCUUCUCCGAGGCCCUUUUGCACACCUUGGCUGGGCGCUUUGCUUCCGAGCUCGGCCGGUCCCCUGACCAUUCUGUGCUUGACUUUGAUGGGACCCUGGGUUUCCCUGGCGAGGGGCCGCCUCUAGAGGAUCGUUGUUUCUCUGAGCGCCUUCAAUACCUCUGCUAUGGAUUUGCAACCCUCCUUGCGCCUACGGCCCUGCUCUUCACUGCCUCGUGGACUUUUUGCUUCCACUUGGUCUUUUCUCCUUUGGCCUUCGGCCUUUCUUGGACUAAACUCAAGUCCUUCGUCUGCUCCCUCCGGGUUGAGCUUUUCUUCAGCCUUGUGCCCUCUUGUGAUACCCUUCCCGCGUGGCUUUACUUGGACUUUGACCCUACUCUUGGGUUCCCUGGCGAGGGCUGGGUCUUUUGGUUCAGGGUGUUCGGGGUUUUAGUUGCAGCUGCCAUGGCCGCCCCCGCCCCUGGAACACCUGCUGAUGCCGAUCGGGCUACCAGGCGUGCAGGUUUACUGCUUGAAGCUGAUCGAGUCGUCCGACCUGUUACCAGGAGCAAUCGUGCUAGACUUGCUGAGGCCUUUUCUCAGUGGCUCCUUGAGAGCCAGGGACGCUCACUGGAGAGCUUGCUUGCUGUUUCUUGGGAACAUGUUGAACAGAUUGGUGAGGCCCUCACAGCCUACGGUCAGCACCUUUUUAGGUCUGGACAAGCUUACUACAAGUUUUCUGAGACUAUCAACGCAGUUGCUAGCCUCAGGCCUGCCAUCAGGAGAUCGCUCACCAGGCCGUGGGAUUUGGCUUUUGCUUGGCUUACUGAGGAGCCGACCAACCACCACAAAGCUAUGCCGAAAUCUAUUCUUUUGGCUGUGAUGGCUGUUGCUCUCCUUUGGGGAUGGCCGGUCGAAGCUGCUAUCUUUGGCCUUGCCUGGACUGGAUUGCUACGGAUCGGUGAGGUCCUAAAUGCUACAAGACGGGACUUGGUGUUACCGGACGACGCUGCCCCGGGAACGAACCAUGCCCUCCUUCGCAUUAGCACCCCAAAGACUCGCGGAAGAGCAGCUCGGCAUCAGGCUGCUCGAGUGGAUCCGUCGGAUAUUGUCGAGCUCCUCUCUGUCGUGUUUGGGCCUUUACCAGCUGCGGCUAAACUUUGGCCCUACUCUGAUGGGGUCCUCCGCCGCCGCUUGAGGACCAUCCUGGAUCGCCUAGGCCUGGUAAACGGUGAGAAGCCUGCCUUCGAUCUGGCCUCUUUCCGCCCUGGUGGGGCUACCUGGAUGCUUGCACAGACCGAGAACGCAGAACUUGUCCGUAGACGCGGUCGCUGGCUCUCUGGUCGUGUCAUGGAGAUCUACCUUCAAGAAAUAACGGCUGCCACAUUUGUCCCUCAGCUGCCGCCGCAGGCUCGGGAGGUGAUUGGAGAUUUGGCUGCUGCUUUUUCGGGGGUUCUCUCUAGAGCCCUCUUCUUUGAGAAGUCUUUGCUGCCACGCAGGAUUUGGUAUCACUUGUUUUCAGGCCGACCGACCGCUCGAGCAUGGGAAAGGUGA